CAUGUGUCGGAUACUUUGUUUUGAAUGGUAGUUAGGAUAGAUAAUGAUAUGAAUAUGUUUAAAGCAGGCAAUAUUGUAUGUUUUCAUGUUGAACACCAAAAUAUGAAUGGGAAAAGGGAUAUAAUGUGAAUUAGUAUAUAUUAUUAUAUGCACAGAGGACACAUUUGAUUUAUGAUCUUAGAUAAGUGAAGAUGAUUGGGAAAGGACACAUUUAUGCCCUGCCUCCGCACCGUGUUCAAGCGAUUAGGGUUUCCUCCCAUCGAACUUGAUAACCCUCACGUGCCCCUCCCUCGCCGCCACGUGGAUCGCCGUCCUCCCCUCGGAGUCCACCGCAUCCACGUCCAACUCCUCGCCGUCGUUGCCGUAGCGCUCCAACAGAAACUUCAUCGUGUCGAUUCGGUCCAUUGCCGCGGCCUCGUGAAGAACCGAUUCGUCGAUUUUGCAGCCGGAGGCUUCCAGAAGCUUCACCGCUUGGAGGCUCCCAACCCUAAUUGCGAGCGGCAUGAGGGAUUCCGCCGUCGCGCAGCAAAUCCGCGACGACGUCGGCGCUGCCGCAUUCCAUGGCGACGUGGGGGCCGACGAGGGAGACGUUUAAGACGGCGUCGCGGAAGACCUGGGGGCCGGGUUUGGAGAAUAGUUGGCGGAGGUGUUCGACGGUGGCCUUUCGGGUGGGGAGCAUGGUGGCUCGGUCGGUUAUGGCGUCGGGAGGGUCGGAGAGAGGGGGUUGAUCAGAGGGCUGAGAGAGUUGUAGUGUGUAAGAAACAGAAGAGAGUGGGGGAAUUGUGGAGAAGGGUUUGUGGUGGUUAAAGACACUGCCACUGACAUGGUGUGCAUGAGGCUGGUGAGCUUGAAGGAGGAGCUGCACUUUUGGCCCUUUUGGAAUAUCAACUCAACUUCCUUUGUUUCUGCUUUCACUAACCUGUCCAUGAUCAACCUGAUUGAUUCUUUGAUUAUUGAUUGAUUGAUUCUGACUUUGAACUUUAAAGGGUGCUUGAUUACUUGAAGGAGGAUGAUUGAUUCUUUGGCUGUUUGUUUGUUUAGUUUAUGUUUUUUUUUUUAAUUUAUUAGUAGACUUGUGUGAUUAAUUAAUACUAUGUGUAGCAUGCUUGUUGGUUGGGGUGUGACUGUGACAGGGAAGGUGGGAGACAUUGACCAUGACUCCUCCUUGAAAGAAUGGAGAAGGAUAUGAAACAGUCGCUUUUGAAUUUGAUGAAGCAUUUUCAGCGAAGACUCGAGACUCAAGAAUGCUAUUACUACUAGUCAAUUGCACAGGACUCGGACAAGGUUGGAAAUGUUUUUCAUUCAAUUUUUCAAAAAGUAAAACCUCCCAGGCUGGUUGGAUUGUCAAUUUGUCAUACUACUAUGCCCUCUGAAAGGGAAAACAUGGCAUCCCGUGUAACCCUCAAAUGAUAUACUCUCCACAUACACUUUUUGGCUGUAUCUGAAGGCGAUUAGCAAAUUGAUUAGUGGUUAAUAGAAUAAUGCAGUGGUUGAAACCUCAAGGUUCUUUUUUCUUUUUAAUAUGAUGACGUCAUUCUCAGCAGCCAUACGUCAAUUCUUUAUGUUAUUUUAUGAAUAAGAAUAUAAAAAAUCAGUGCCAAUGGAAAAUGCGAGAAUUUCCUCCAACGUGAUGUAAGACUUCUUAUUGCCACCUGCUCAGAAAAUGCAUGCUGAGAUACGAAAAUUGGGUCUGGAAAAAUUGCUAGGUUAUACAAGGCAUCUCUUUUAAGCAGUUGACCCAGCAUAAUCUUACUUGAAUGCACAUAGUUUCUAUAUUUAUUUAUUUAUUUAUUUUGGUGACCUCUUAUUAAUCCUUUCUUUCUGUUGAUUAAAUAUAAUAUUGGAAAUGCUCAAAAGCUCAGAGAUCUUUAUUUAUUCUCACAUUUUGAUUUUGAUUCCCUUAAAUUCGGACAAAUUGUGGCCGAGUUUAACCUUGGGUUUCAUGAUGAUCUGCUUAUAUACUGCCCCACACAGGAAAUCAUUUCUUUAGUUGUCACUCGUUUUGGUCUUGUGGAUGGUGGAGUUCCUUACUUUAGCACUAUUUUCUAUUGCGUAAGUUUUUUUCCAGAUUAAUGUUGAACAUUGUCUACUUAUCCAAGAGUGGGGAUCGGAUACUAGUAAAUUCAGCCACUGGAACUGACAGAGACUAGAGCAUGGAACUCAAGGACUUGGCAGCCAUGUUAUCUUUUCUGCAGCUAGUGAUUAUAUUUGGAUCAUCACAUUGCUUACAGCAUUGACUAGCUCUCCCUGGUUCAUCCACUAUCAUGGUUCAUGGCACGAAGCAUAUUCAGCAAAUAAUAGACUGAAUUACUGAGAGUCACUACUUGAAUGUAUUAAAAAAAUACACUCUUGGCAUUUGACUCAACUCAGUAGCUAAUCCACGAGCCUCAACAUUGAAAACUUUUUGACACUCAGAUUCACCAACCCUUAUGUAUUCAUGAUGUACCAGAUUUGAUGCUAAAGCCCAAUUCCAAUGCAAUAGAUUUUGUGGAAUUCGCCCCGUGAUUAUAACCCUGGCCUCAUCACGUAUGGAUCAUCACCUUAGGCUAGAAGAGAAAAAUAUAAAUAGGCCAUCAAGGAUUCAUGUAUUCCUUCCCACUUUUACACUAUUUUUAUUUAGAUAUCGACUUAAGCGUGAGAGUUCUUGUAGGUUGGCUCCAACCAAAUAAAUAAAAUUCCAUUCGAGUAUUCCUUUUAUA